AGAAAACCCUAAAACGCAAGAGAGAGAGACAGAGAGAGUGAAAGAGGUAGCAAGUGUAGUAGCUAUGGCCAAUUCCAGUGUUAUGAAGAUUGUGUGCCUUGUUAUGGCCUGCAUGGUUGUGGCUGCACCACAUGCUGUAGAUGCUGCCAUCACAUGCGGGCAGGUGGUGUCUGAUUUGGCACCAUGCCUCAACUAUCUGCGCUCAGGCGGCUCGGUGACUGCGGGUUGCUGCAGUGCCGUGAGGUCACUCAACUCUUCCGCUAAAACCACUCCUGAUCGUCAAACCGCUUGUGGGUGUCUCAAGAACGCCUACAGUAGCAUUCCCGGUAUCAACGCCGGCUAUGCUAGUGGACUUCCUGGCAAAUGUGGUGUCAACCUUCCCUACAAGAUCAGCCCCUCCAUCGACUGCUCCACGGUGAGGUAAGGUGAGGUUGAUGUGUGAGGAGGGCUUU